GACAUGCCCCACCUCCCUGGCGGUGGCUGUCGCCCAUUGGCUGCAUCCUGCUACAAGGGUGCGCAGCGAGGAAAUGCGCAUGGCGCUCGCGCCAGAGACUGCACCCUGCUACCUGGGUUUACAGCACCUAGAACCCCGGUCUUAAGCCACGCCCAACAGGGGCGUGGCCGGGCGUGGCCUCAGCGCUUUUCUUCGCUGCCCCGGGCCUAGGGCCCACGCUGUCGGCUGCCGCAGUCUGACCCAACUCUUAGUCGCUCGCCGCGAUGGAGCCUGCCGCCGAGAUCCUGGUGGACAGCCCGGACGUGAUCUUCGGCCCCGAAGCCAUCGAGGCGCGCUACGAGUACCGGACAACGCGCGUCAGCCGCGAGGGCGGCGUGCUGCGGGUGCGGCCCACGGCUACGCGUUUCACCUUCCGCACAGCCCGGCAGGUGCCCCGGCUUGGGGUCAUGUUAGUCGGCUGGGGCGGGAACAACGGCUCCACGCUCACUGCGGCUGUUCUGGCCAACCGGCUACGCCUGACCUGGCCCACGCGCACUGGUCGCAAGGAGGCAAACUAUUAUGGCUCGUUGACCCAGGCGGGCACCGUGAACUUGGGUCUGGAUGGGGACGGCCGGGAGGUGUUUGUGCCCUUCAGUGCGCUGCUACCCAUGGUGGCACCCAACGACCUGGUGUUUGACGGCUGGGAUAUCUCGUCGCUGAACCUGGCGGAGGCGAUGCGGCGCGCGCAGGUCCUGGACUGCGGUCUGCAGGAGCAGCUGUGGCCCCACAUGGAGAGCCUGCGUCCACGGCCCUCAGUCUACAUUCCUGAGUUCAUCGCUGCCAACCAGACAGCACGUGCGGACAACCUCAUCCCUGGCACACGCGCCCAACAGUUGGAGCAGAUCCGAAAGGAUAUUAGAGACUUCCGAUCCAGUGCGGGAUUGGACAAGGUCAUCGUGCUGUGGACCGCCAAUACAGAGCGCUUCUGUGAAGUGGUCCCGGGUCGCAAUGACACAGCUGAAAACUUGCUGCGUACUAUCCAGCUUGGCCUGGAGGUUUCACCAUCCACACUUUUUGCUGUGGCCAGCAUCCUGGAGGGCUGCGCCUUCCUCAACGGGUCCCCACAGAACACACUGGUACCCGGAGCCCUGGAGCUGGCUUCGCAGCGCCAUGUGUUCGUAGGUGGCGAUGACUUCAAGUCAGGGCAGACUAAGGUCAAAUCUGUUCUGGUCGACUUCCUCAUUGGCUCUGGCCUCAAGACCAUGUCCAUCGUGAGCUAUAACCACUUGGGCAACAACGAUGGGCAGAACCUGUCUGCACCACUGCAGUUCCGCUCCAAGGAAGUGACAAAGAGCAGUGUGGUGGAUGACAUGGUUCAGAGCAACCGUGUGCUCUACGCGCCUGGAGAGGAGCCAGAUCACUGUGUGGUGAUCAAAUAUGUACCCUAUGUUGGCGACAGCAAGCGUGCCCUGGAUGAGUACACCUCAGAGCUGAUGCUGGGUGGGACAAACACUUUGGUGCUCCAUAACACCUGCGAGGACUCGCUGCUGGCCGCACCCAUCAUGCUGGACCUAGUGCUGCUCACAGAGCUGUGUCAGCGUGUGAGCUUCUGCACAGACUCGGACCCAGAGCCUCAGGGCUUCCACCCAGUGCUGUCGGUGCUCAGCUUCCUCUUUAAGGCACCACUUGUGCCCCCUGGCAGCCCUGUGGUGAAUGCCCUCUUCCGCCAGCGCAGCUGUAUUGAGAAUAUUUUCAGGUGCGCCUGGUGGUGGGUGGGACUCAGGGAUGGCAAAGACAGUCUUGAGUUGACCCUGAUGAGCCUACACUGUCCCCUUCAGGGCUUGCGUGGGGCUCCCACCCCAGAACCACAUGCUGUUAGAGCACAAGAUGGAGCGCCCUUUCCCAGGCAUCAAGCCAGAAGAGGUGAAGGCCACCAGCCCACUGCCUUGCAAGAAAGAGUCCACACCGGCCACCAAUGGCUGCACCGGUGAUGCCAAUGGGCACACACAGGCACCAACACCAGAGCUGUCCACCGCUUAAACCAAGUGCCCAGACCCUCCUACCCCAAUGCCUCCAACCACUGUACUUCAGACCUUGCCAAAGACAAUAAAGGGUCCCCCACCAA